AGCUGAGAUUUUUUUCGCGAAGGAUAGAACGGCGCCCGAAGCAAAUCGUUUUAAUUCAUUUCUUAGAAUACUAGAAAUGCAAUUUCAACGAAAGAAACAAGACAAAAACAAACAAAAAAGCCACAAGAGCUUGUUUGAAAGUUUGUCGAAAAACACAUGGAACUAAAGUAGCUUGACCAGCUACGAAAGAAGACAAGUGUUGUUUCUUCAUGAUCGCGAAGCCAUUCGCCGAUCGAGUCACUCGCCGAUAGAUAACUGCAGCUUGUUUAUCCGACAUCAAGAAUAUAAAUCACAAGUAACCAGCCACAAAUACAGGCUAUGCAGCCAUUCACUAGAGCAAUCGAGGCGGCAGUAUAUAGCUUCUUUUCUCGUUCAGCAAAACCAGCUUGUGGCUUCAAACAACUUCAUAACAAGUGACCGAGGUAAUACUGGUAGUUUUUCUCCGUUGUUCUUACUUUUAUAACUGCACCAAAAAUCCAAAUUCAUAGUAAUUUCGACGGCUGUCACUUAAAAAUUCCUUUCCUUCACAUUAUCUGCCAGGUUUUUUAAGCUGUUCUGCUGUGUAAAAUCCUAGAAUCACGAUGAGUUUUUAAAGAACUAAUGUUCAUCGCACAAUGUUUUGAUUUUUCAUUCAUGCAGUCCAGGCGAGUCCGUUCGCGCGUUGACAGUUUUGAUAGAUGUGUGACAUGUCAAUAGCGGAAGUCCCUUGUCUUUUCCUGUUUGUUCUAGUCGGGGCGAUUCAACGAGAUUUUGUGGGCGUUUUUAAUAAAACAAUUAUUCCACUCGGGCUUGUUGGAUAUAAAAUGAUUAUAGCGAACUCGGCGUUAUGCGCCUCGUUGGCUAUCUAUCAUCUCAUAUCCAACGCGCCCUCGUGGAAUAAUUGUUAAGUAUACUGUACUACACAGUAGUAGUAGUAGUGGGAGUGGUAGUAGUUGUAGUUGUAUUGCAGAGACAGUGCAAUAAAAUUUAUGUGGACUCAUGAAAGGUUUCUGUUAUGUUAGAGCCCUCAAGGAAGCUCAAGACAUCUUUGGUCUGGACUUUGAUUUUGAUGAAUUUAAAAAGUAUGGAAGAGAUGACAGUUCGUGAGACGAGGAUGAAGAUGAAUAUGAACAGGAAGAUGGGGAAGAUGGAGCAUUAAGAAGGCAGAAGAAAAAAUCCGCAAAAAAAAUCAAUUUAUGAGGUGAGGUUUGUGAGGGCUUCUGUCACUUGGUAAGAACAUUAUUAAUGUCAACUUGUCCAAUAGAAAAGUGCAAUAAUUAUUGUUGUUGUCCUGAGAGGAAGAGUUGAAAAAAAUAAUAAUUAAUUUUGAUUUUUUUGUUUGAAAUGAGAAUAACAAACUGAAACCUUUUAAUUUCUAACUUACAUGUACAGACUGUAUUAUUAUAAUUAUCAUCAACAAUAAUAUUAUUGAAUUAGGCUGAUUAUGAUGUGAAGAAUUAUGCCGAUGGAGAAGAAUGUUAUCCACCGAGGCUGAAGGAGAAGUCCAAUAACAGCCUCUGAGGUCUCAAUUUUUGUCAGAAAUCCAGCUAUUUCAUCUUUGGAUAGCCAUGAAUGCCAUUUUUUUUUAUUCCAAUCAGGAAAACAACAGCUAGGCUACUUGCUUAGAAGCAAGGUUUAUAGAUAGGUUAUUAGGCAAGAUCCCAUCAAAUCAAUAGUAUAAUUAUUGCUUACAUCUUCCAAAUUUGGUAAGCGAGAGCUGCAUGGUUAUGAAGAAUAACCCAGAGUAUUGGAGCCAAUUAGAAAGGGCAAAAUAUUUUGAAUUAAUAAUCAUAAAGUUAUUAGAAACCUCCAUUAAGCUUAGGGAAUGCGUCCAAAUAUCGGUAGGCAACCCGAUCAUGGGAAACGGACCCGAUCAAUUUUCCUAUGGUUCAGAAUCGGUACCUAUCUGUAGGCACUAAUUGCCGUUUCCGAUAAUUAUAAAACUUUGCCAAUUCAAUCGGAGCCAGAUACAUUCCGAUGUGGGUGAUGGGGUAUCACAUUUAUCUGAUAAGGAUAUGUGAUUCUGCAAACAAUUUUUGUCACAAAACCAAAUAAUGAAAGAAUCAUUUCACUCAACAAAAUAGCCUGCGUUGCAGCUGGCCCGGUCUUUAAAACUUGCUUUGUUCUCCAUAGUGAAGUAAUUAUAACAAUACUUCAGUGGAUGUUUUUUUGCCUUAUAAGUUUGUUCGAAGAUGUAUACAAGGCUGUUCGACGUUUUGUUUUCUGUCAUCCGAUCGGUAAUUGCUUACAAACUUUUCCACGCUGUUCUAACAAAAUGUAGAGCGAGUCAUAUUUCAAAACCUCUCAUAAAAAUUCGUUUUGACUCCCUAGCUGCCAAACUGACUACAAAAAGAAUGGCUUUUGUGACUUACUUGUUCUUCAAGCGUAAGCAUGGUAGGGCCUGAUGAAAUUGCUUUUCAGUUUUGUCUCUCUAAAUUCAAGAAAGUUUGUGCUUGACAUUUUAAAAUUUUAAUCUACAGGUUUUAGACUCUACAAUGAAAAGUAUUGCAGCAUAUUUUAUCAUCAUUAACUUUACUCCCAUCAAGUGAAAGGGGGCUGGACCGGAACUGAUUGAGGUCACACAAACAUGUUAAAACAAUGAAAGACUUAUUAUUCCUUUUAUGAUAUAUUAUUACUAUAGGCCUAGUGAAAGCAUACCCAUAAUGGUAAAACUAGAAUCUUUUCUUUUCUUUUCCGUGGUAAAACUGACAGGUCAACUUAAGAACAUAUUCUCGAAUGCUGAUUUUUUUCGUGAUCGGUAACGUGAGAAUUGAAAAAAUAAUGUGACGUGCCGUUAGAGCUCAACCUACGGCUAAAACUACCACCGAUAAGAUAGAUAGUUUUUCACCGUUCAUGACCACCUAACAAAACUAAAGCUUAUUGGAACUGAAUGUGAAUGAAUAAAGUUUUAAAUAUGCGAAAAUAUGUCUUCUUUUUCAAAACUCGCUUCAAGCUCAGGCAAUAUUAAAAACACAAACCGGCAAAGUUUAUGCCCCGCGUGGCAUGGUUAUCUCUCAUGGGUCAUCUUUGUUCUUUCCACCGUACUCAUACACUUUAAAACCAAAGUGUAAUAUUUUAAAAAGUUCACCUUUAAACUGUAAUAAAAAAUGCUCGUCAUAACGGUGCCCUUCACUGUGCUAAACUUAUGUGCCUAUAAAUGUAAACCCCGUGGGGGGGAGUGCGGGCAAGGGGUGGGAAUUUGACAAAUUUUUAAAUUUUUUGAUCAAAUUCCCCAGGGUGGGAAAUGAAAGGUCAAUCAAAAGUGUCAAAAAAGCCCCCACCCCAGGGGAAAAAUCUAAACAAACAAUACUAUUAUUCCUGUAUAAAAUGAAUUAAAAGAACAUUUCAAAAGUACGUCCUUACUAAACGUAAGCUCCGUUAAAUUACUCGCUGUAAUUAAGUAUUUCUCUGUCCACUAGCAUCUCUUGUUUUGAACAACAAAAUCACUCUAGGAAGAUUGACCGUGCUAUUAUAAUAUUAAUGAAACGCAAAAUGCUUUAUAACAUCUGCUCAACAUGUCGGAACAGGUCGGAUCAGUGACCCGUAAAAAAUCCUCUGAGUUUCAUGGUGGAAUUUGAUGUCAAUCAAGUUUUACAGUCAGAUGGGAACUUGAAGAUAAAACUUUCUCAAAAUAGACAUUAUCUGUUUAGAUGACAGUUUAAAGUAUCGGAUUAUGGCGAUUAAAACAAAUGAAAACUUCACACCUUUCUCCAGUAGCGUGACUUUCAGAAAGCCUGGAGGGAUAGCCUGUUCCAGGCGUUCAGAUAGUGGGGAGCGGUGCGAAGUAAAAAGGAGCGCGGAAAAAUAAAAGCGAGGGAGGGGAAGAGGUGAGAGAGGGAACGCCUGUUAGAUUUGUUUUAAAUAGACUCAUCCGCCCACUCAGACCACAUCAGCUGUAGGUGGUCUUCACUUGUCAAUCAAGACUGAUGUUACAGACCCAUCCAUUUAUUAUUUUUCUUACGAAUAAAUCAAAAUUUCUCAGAUCAAAAAUUAAUAUUAUGUAUACAUAGUCUUACUAAAAACCUAAUGUAAGACUCUCAGACAAUAGAGAGCGAGAGAAGUAAUUUAUUUACAGCUUUAAAACAUGAUUUCAGCGUGUACGUGACAAAAAAAUUAUGAAUCAAGUGACAAACAAAUAUCGCUCAUUUCGAUAGAAAGCCGUUUCAAUACAGAUGGUUAACUCGAGCAAUGAAAAUGCCCAACAAACGAAGGGAAAAUUUACUAUUCGGUGAUUGAGUGGACCUCAUCAAUAGCGAUAGCUGCAACUUGCUUUCCAAGCUUUCCUUUUGAAGUCCUUUUGUUCAUUCCUUAGACAACCACGAUUUGUGACUGCAGUACGCCUUUGAGUGAAUUUUUAAGGAUCAUACAAUUUCACAGCUUCCACUUUUAACGGCUUCAUCCACAUUUUCUCCCAUCAUUGCCGCCGCUACUCCGAUUUUGUUCAAAUGUUCCACUUGGUCUUUCAUGAUGGCAAUCAACGGAGUUACCACAACAAUACAUCGUAAAUGGCAUUCUAUCCUGUCUUCAUUCCAGCACACGCUUUAUUCGAGGAAAAAGCUGGAAAAUAAGUCUUUUUCCAAAGCCAGUUGGUGAAAUUGCGAAGACAUCUAUCCUGCCCACUACGUGUUUUAAACAGUUCCUUUGCUCUUCGCGUUUAGCCUCCACGUUUGGAAAGUCACUUAGCGCUGUGUUUGUUGCGAGUUCGAAUUCUGGAAGGGACGUAGAGUCUGUUAUCACCGCCAUAUCACAUUUCUCGCUGUGAUCGAAGACGCUCCACUGUUGACAAAAACUGUCAAAAUCAACCAAUCAGAGGGUAUACCAGGAUCUGGUAUACCGGAACGCACUUUUGUUAAAAAUUCUUACAAGCGUUCCCGCACCUUUCUCCCCAGUCCCCCUCUACUUUUCAUUGCUUUCUUUACUUCGCACCGCUCUCCACUAUCUGAACGCUUGGAACAGGCUACUGGAGGGACGGACUUGCUAACCGCUUCUGCAUUGAUACCAGGCUUCUCUCGGUCAAAGUCAAAUGUCCCGACCCUGGGGUCGCUUCGCACGAUCAAAACCCCGACCGGGGGAUAGUCUCAGGCAUCAAAUCCCCGCCCCUUGCCGCCUCCCCCCACGGGAUCUACAUUGAUAGGUGCAUUAGAUCAACAAUAAUAAACUUUCUCUCCCUGUAGAGUCAGAAGAGUUGAUUUUGUUGAUCCUAUAUUUGCUGCGGAGUGACCGAAGGGAGCGAGCAGCAACAUAAUCAGGAUUUAAAGGAAAUAUAUAAGGGGCGACAAAUUCUUGAAUUCAUCACUUUUUACCACAAUGCAUUGCAUUUAACCAGAGUGCAUUGCUCCACGAACAACUCAAAUAAAAACACGGGGAAGUUCGGUGGGUGAGAGAGUGCAUCGUUCGCUGCUCAGACUUAGAGUUUUCUUCGUGGCAAAUUUUCUACAGCACGGUUAGAGGUCUUACCAAAUUUUAAGACACGCAGGAGUCUUUCAGAUUAGUAUGAUGGUUAACUUGGGGAUUGGAUUUCAAUUCAAGAGUCCCACCAAAUUCUGUAUUCCGUCUUUCUUUGUUUUUUUCUGUUUUUUGUGUUGUUGUUUUCUAUAAAUAUAUAACUAAAUAACUGUUACUCAAUAAAGUGCAACAAACAGCAAGAAAAGUAUUGUGUUUCCAGAGAAAAUAUCGUGCACCGUAUAUUAAAUAUAUGGAUAAACAAUCUGAAUUCUAUUAUUGUCGUAAACAUAAGUUUAUGGGCGCAAAUAGGUUUUAAAAAAAAAACAGAUUACUUUAGAUUACUUUAUCAUGGUUAUUGUAAUUUGCAGAAAACUUAUUUCGUUCAUUGAUCUUUCUCAAUCAUCAUAUUAGUCACAGUGUAAAAAUAGGUGCAUUUCAUAUUGAAUAAACUAGAGGCAAUGUUUCGCACGCAAACGUGAAAGUUGAACCUUGUUCACGGAUGUUACGUUUCCGAAGCCUUUAAUACAUUGCCUCUGCUGAUUUUAUUCGCGUAUAACGUUUUCAGCACACGCUCAUGGAAAUUAUGCAACAGUGGAAAUCCUCCCUUAGACGUUUCAUCUUCCUAAUCAUGAUUUUUUUUUGCAUUUUCACAGUCUGCGACUGCCUUUAAGAAUGGAGAUAAGGUUCAGGCAUUUGAUCCUGUGUUGGGACAGUGGCUGAACGGGACUGUUCUUGAUUGGACAAUGGUGGCAGAGUUUUAAUACACUGGGCAGGCUACACAAGGUAUUUUGAUGCUUGGCAGGACGCCUUGGAAGUCCGAAAACCUGAAGGAGAAAGGCCUUUGGAUAGGCGACGUCCAGUGUUAAAAUCAAAUUUUCCAAAACGACAACACCCAAGCAUCUGCAGAAGGAUGACCUUGUCUGAGUGUGCCACAACCACGAUUGGUCUGAGGCAGAAAUGGCGGCAAAAAACGAUUGCUUCAGAGGAGAGGUGAGACAUUAAGUUUUUCAAAAUCCUAUUUUUUGUCAGCAGGGUAAAUACAUUUUAACAUAAGUUUAUCUGAAUAGAUUUUUGGAUGACAGAGAGACCCAACUGUGACCCCAUAUCUCAAAGAUGCUCUUGCAUGACUCGUCAGCCAAUUUUGGUUAUCCUGUAUUUCUUUGCUUGCACCACCGUGUGGCACACAAUUGUUGCGUUUUUGCCCGGAUUUUUCCAGCGAUCCGCAAAAAUACGUUCCCGGAAAUAACUUCAAUUUGCCACACAAAAAAAUACGGUAAAAGAAACUGUAUCUGUUCAAUUACAACUUGUCUCUUUCGUUCAAAGACAAAGUGGUAUACAAUGAAACAAAUACUGGUUUUACAUCGCAUACCGCAGUAUUGUUUGAAAAUAAUGUAUCAAUGCUGGAUACUUUUUCCCAGCAGGAAAAAUCAAUCUGUCCUAAUUGCAAAAAUUAGUUCCCACAAAACACAACAAAUCGUCAAUCCGCAAAAAUAUACUCCCGCAAAAAUUUCAUGCCACAAGGUAGUCUUCAGGCCAUUUGAAAGUACUGUUGCACAUUGCAAAUAUGACUUUUAAUCGGGGGGAGAGGAUGUCCAUAUAUCAAAAUAAAGCAGUGAUCUGUUGCAAAGCUUAUCGUUAACCAGUGAGGGCUUGCCGCAUCUGCAUUUUAAUGUGUAAUAAUGACGGGCAUGACAGUUUUGUUUGUCGGAACGGAAUGCUGGUAUCUCUUAUGUAAAAUUACUCGCCUAAUAUGAACAGCAGCAGUAAAUACAGCCAACGGAUACCUUUCAUUUUCUUUCCUUCUGUUUUUGUAUGUUGUUCGAAUAAUGAGAAGUUUCAAAUCUAAGAAUUAAUAGGUUUUAUUACUAAAUGACACUAGCGAAAGAGCAUGACGACGUUUUAUAGUUUCGGGAUUUUAAUCAGUCCAUCAACGUUCCAGUGUUAGAGCCACACUGACUGUUGUUGUGUUUAUGAAAGUUGUUAGCCUUCCAUAUCAAAAGUUACACUUCCUUAUGUUUUUGCUUUCACUCAUUUUUUGUUAUCUUUAUCUCAUUGAUAAAGUUGUGUCCUUGACCGAUUGCUUUCUGGGAGCCGCAGGGAAUUAUCAUUUAGAUAAUUUUAUAUAUUUCGAUUGAAGGAUUGAUUGACCUUGCGUGGAGGUCCUCGCACAAUUUGAUUUAUCAGUAUAUUUCUAUAUUUAAGGUGAUGUGACAUGAGACGAUUCGCAAUGACGGUGUUUAGCACAGCACAGGGGAUUGUUAAAACAUUGCAACGCGGUGUUGCACUGAAAAUCGUCCCGUGUCUAUCACCUUAUGUACAUUUUCUAAACUUUGAUGAGUAAUAAAAGCAAUUGGCCCAAAUUUUUUUAUACAGUAAUGCAAGUUUGACUUUUGUGCAAAACUUGUGAAAGUGUAUUACAUUGAACAAACACCGGUUCUGUCCUCUUGACGAGUCCGUAUAAACCGGGUGCCAAUCUAUACAAAGAAUUUAUUUGCUUUCAACAGGUAACUCUGAAAAGCAGAAGAGUAGCAAAAUAUGAAUACAUAAAAGAAAACGAGCCUGAAGAAAGUGUUCAUGAAGUGACAUGCGAGGAAGACUUUAUAGAUGUGGACACAGCUACAUGGACCAACAAAGAAAGUGAAUUACCGGACCUAGAUCAUUUAGUGAGUAUCCAUUUAUUAUUUUCCCCAUCAUCUCAAAUUAAAACUGUAGGAAGAAACUGUGAAACAAAAGUGGUUGAUUUUUCGUGCAGAAUGUACAUAUUGUAUCAAGACAUUAAAUUGGGACCAAGUAUUUAAAGAUGUCACAUACGAUUUUAAUUUUCAUUUUAUCGCGUUUCUUUAUGAUAGUCUUCAUGAUAUAUCACAACACGUGAAGUAUAUGAAAACAGUAAAAUUCCCCGUAAAUAACUAAUCAAUUUACUUUGUGCCUCCGACCCGUUUAUUCAAAAUCCUUCUGAGGGACAAAUAACAUAUGUUUUCUGCCGUAAUGAGCUCAAAAAUAUAAUUUCUCUUACACACUAUGUAGGCAGAGAUUAUAGGAGUUUUUGUCGAAAUCAUUAUUUUAAAGUUGAGAAACUCUGCUUUUAGGGUAGUGACGAAGAAACAGCCAAUGAAGACGAAGAAAGGGAGUUUUAUGAUCUGCAGGAUUUGGUGAGUGUACAUGCAAUUUAGUCAAUGUCGGAUUACCCUUUUUACAUACAUAGAAGCGAAACCAACUGAGUUCGUUCAUUGAAUCAAUUUUAAUAAUUCAGUUGUAUAAAGAAAUGUAUGCAUUCCGGAGCCCCUCUCCCAACCCCACCAUUUUAUCUUCGGUGAUAUUUAUUUCCUGUAUAUAAUAGGUGAAUUUUUCCGGUGAAUUAAGCCUUAUUUCACAUUCCUUUGAAUUAUGAUUAUUUUAUUACCCGUACAGGUCUGUACAGGUGUUAAAUGAGCUGUGUAACGAAAUUUCUGAUCAAAACCUUAGACAGAAACCUCCACAAAAUUAAGAUGAAACACACAAAUAGCUGCUCAAAACGAUAAAAGAAGUUAUAAGUUCAUGUAACCAAUGUACAGUGUAGUUACAACAAAUACAAACAGAGGCUCGGUUACUUUUUGCCUAGUUUUCUCAAAGGUCAUUUUUGUUCAGUUUUGUAAGGUUUGAAAUGCUUGUGAAACAUUUUUGUUCAGUGCCGUCACAAAGCUUGAAUUUUGUCGCUCACAAGUAACAUUUCAAGUUCCAUUGUGAAUAAGGACAAGUAGUUGGCAAUAAUAUACAAAAGACCUAGACAGCCCCCGUGAUACAACCCCUUUAAAGUGAAAACUGAGUUCUGUGUGAUCCAUUUAACCUAAUGAAAAACUUUGACUGUCUUGCUGCCUUUAUACAGGACAAAAUGAGGGGUGAGGACGACAUUGACGAUGUUUUGGAAAAGCUGAAGUUUGAGGAUGCUUUAAAAGAAAUUUGUCACAACCAAGAAAAACUUUUGCCAAAUCAAACCAAGAUUCAACAAUCGUUAAGCGCUAUUAAUGAGCUCUUGAACAAGAGACUUCAGAAAAGACAAGAAGCUCUGCAGAUUGCAGCCUUUUCUUCAGUUUCAACCAGGCCCAGUCCAAGAAGUUCAAUGACCCCAGUUUCAGUGGAUUCCACUCCUACUAUAGUCAGCUGCACGUCGACCCCUGUUAUCUCUCCUCCUUCCUCCCAAAGUAUCUGACUUCCAUCUUCCAACCGUUCUAAUUCACAUGGUGUAGAUAAAAAUCGGUGUUUCAGCUUGGAUGAUUGUAAUGACCUUACUUCAUUUAAUGCAAGGAAUAAUGAGGACACCCUAAUAGAAAGCACGCCAUCCUCUUUUGCCACCCAAAUCGAGCCCACUUUCUGUGAUUUUACUGCUGGUCCUUCUAGUAGCUCCAGUAGCUCAGUGCAAAUGGGCGGAAAUACAAGUUCUUGUUCUUUGGGGGUACUUUCUAAUAUAUAAAAUUAUACAAAAUAAGUGUACUAACUUGCUGUUUAUUUACAAACUUUAUUCAAACUUGUAGGUGUCACCUGUAUAACUAUGACUUGUAAACAUUGCUUCCAAGCUAGUUUUAUAUUUUGUAUUUUGUUUCAAUUGCAAUUAAAAGUUUAUCAUAAUUCAAUUCACUGUAGGGAACGGCGUUUUCAAGUUGUUUCUGCCUACAUAUCCAGUUUAAAUAUCAGAGUUGACUCGCACGUCGCAAGCUGGUUUGUUAAAAGCAGUUUUCUUUCCUUUCUUUAACUCGAGUUAAUAAAUUUUAUGGAAUGCUUCGUUUUAUCUCGUUUCAGAAAAGAGCAAAAAAUUAGUUGUUUCUUUAAAAAUUCGGAGUGUCAACGGAAUGUGCAAUCAACAUAACAAUGAAAGAUCCAGCGAGUUUGAUGAGAGAACUUGCCCAAUUCUAACCGGUUAAGCUCACUCCUGUACAUGCAAUGUCAUGAAUGCCUGAUCUGACAGUAUUCUGUCCCCUAUUUUCUUGGCUAAAAGAUUUUAAAAUUCCUCCAGCAAUUAAGGAUUCUUGAAUCACGCGUUUUGGAUUCAAAGGUCGUAAAUGCAUUCAGUGCCCUAUCUUUUGCUUAAAGAUGCACGAUACAAAAAUUCUUCAUGUUGUCUGGUGUUGUCUUCUAUAAGAACUCUUUGAUGAAGGCAUUUGUCGCUAAUUUUUUUUGAAACAAUACACAUUUUAGAAAGACUAGGUACAAUAUGGCGAUAAACACUAGUCUUGGUCUUACCCAGCCUGUUUGUGCAUUGAAAACUCAAUCAUUCACGCUUUGCUUUUGUUGACAUAAACAUUGCCCUAUAUAAUUUUUGUCAGUAACGCAGCGUGACCGACGAUUUCAACCCUUUGACAAAGGCUGACAGAUAUAAGUCAAGAUUUGAUGACUUCUGUGAAUUGGCCCGAUAAAGAAUUUUGACCCGUUGCCGAUUCUGUUUCAUUCGGUACCGAUAAUAUUGGUACCGAUUGAAAACAGAAUCGGAAAAAAUUGGCACCCGAUUGAUCGGCAUCGGCAUGACCCGAUGCCGAUAUUUGGACGCGUUCCCUUAUCAAAGAUCUAUCUAAAAUGGUAAAGCAAGAAUGUCAGUCUGCCAUUUUGUCUCCUCAGGUGUUUGAACCAAGUGAGUCUGAAAAAGGAAUGUUGACCAGUAAAGACAAUGAAAUCAGAAAUGCUGCUGUACCUGAAAGAUUUCAAGUCAGUUGUGAAAGUAACAACAGGUUAUUAUUUUUGUAAAAGAUUUGAUAAUCUCGGUUCCUUCUGUGAGUACCGGAGCACAGAUUACGUAAUACAAUAGUAAUAAAAGACAGGAAACAAAACAACUCCAAAUAAAGACUAAUCCCAAGUGACCAAAAAUACAAAGCUUUCCGGUACCUGCAGAAAGACCCAUAAUCUCCAUGUUAUUAAUGCGAGAUCAAGAAAAAAUCAGGAUUUAAACCUAUGACAGGGCUUAAAAAAGGUCCUGUCCGGUAGCUGAGACAAGUAGAUUUGGAUCAGUUUAGGUUUCUGAGGAACUGCCCACCUACCCCUCCUCUAAGCCAACAUUUUGCCCUAAGUGAGAUGUAAGUGUUAAUGCUAGCUUAGGGGAGGGGUAGGUGGGCAGUUUCUCAGAAACCUAAAUUGAUCGGGAGAUUUUCUUGCUGGGUAAGUAACUUUUGAAAAUUAUUUGCCCAAUGGGUAAGGGUUUGUGCAAGUCAUCCUCGAACUAAAUUAUUAACUAAGACAGGCAAGAAGCAGCCCUGGCAGGGAUGUCACUAAGAUUUCAAGUUGCUGGGUAAAUAGACUUAUUUAACAACAGAACGAGAGUCAGUUGGCGGCAGUGUAUACAAAUAAAACAACCGGCUUUACCAAUGGCUGUGCGAAAAAUUGGGCAAGGGAAGUUGAGUUUAGUCGUUUCUGAGCACUUUCCCGUCAUCAAAUGACGGUCUCGUUCUGUUGCUAAAUCAGCCUAAUACAACAAGUAGGUGGGGAAUCAGACAGCUAGCAAUAUCUUUCGAUUCUAUUUUUCUUCUAUUUUUCUAUGAAAGUAGCUGGGGCCAUGUUUGUAAUGGGGGAAGUCCCCAGCCCCCAGCUCAUAAUGACAGCUCUGCCUGGGCAAGCAAAAUGUGAGAACUGCUUGCUCAAAGGACAAGCUUGAAUUUAAGUUGUUUUAGAGCUCUGUUAUGAUCUCACAAACACUGGGCAGAUGCUCUGUCCACUGAGCAUCAGAGAGACUUGUAGAGAGCAAGGCUGACUUCGAAUGGGUUAACACAGACACUGAGGGGGCCAUAGAAAGUGUCUUUAUUAAUGUAGUGUCUGUAUUGAGCAGGUUGAAUUUAGAGAAAAUUUAAGGGUUUUCUUUCCCCAGGGACAAGUAAACCUUCCAUAAAAAAGAGGUGUCCGUAAAUCAGGGUUUGUGUGUAGCAAAAGUCAUAGUCAAGUUGUUUUCUCAGUGCGUAUGGUUGACUGCUGUUAAUUUUCAGCUGAGUUAAACCACAGAUUUUGACACCUCCGAGCACUUAAUCUCUUGUAUAUGUACGCAAACUGAAUCCCCGCCCCACCUCCUUUGUAACCCCAAAGAUUUACCACCACUUUUUUUUCUUGUCAAUUGCAUUAUAAGAAAAUUCUCUCACUCCCCAACCAAAUCAUGGUGAGGUAAUUAUUAAUUUUUAGUCAUUGAUUCUAACUUUUGAGUCCUUGGAUAAAAUCCUUUGCCGUUACCAUUCAAAUAAAACUUCUUUGUGAGGACUUUUGCCUUCUAAUGUAUAUUUUUUUAGGAUUUACACAAAGAAAUUUGAAAAUGUUUUUUGAACGUUUUAAUUAAUUACUUUUGAAAGUACUCACUUAGGAGUGAGAGUUUUAAUAUAUUUUUUUUGUAUUCCUCUGUUCAUAGUUUCACAUUAAUUAUUAUUUCAGGUGUGAGUGGAUUGGUGAGAAAGUUUGGCUUGACACCAGAUCAGUUAGGAGAGAACUUGCGUGACAACUACCAACGACAUGAAACAGAGCAACAUCCCGCUGAACCAGAUGAAACAGCUGAAAAUUACCUUAGUAGGUGAGAAGACAUUGCAUUUUGCUAGUAGCAUUUUUUGCUUCAAAUCAAAACCUUUGAACUACACUUGCAGGUCAUUAAUUAAUAUGAAUAAUUUGUUUACUAGAGGAAUGAACUAGAGGAAUGAACUUUCGAGAGUUUCUGGUAGUUAUGUAUGAGCAAUAUUGUUCUUCCUCCACCUCUUACCCGUUCCCCACCCUAAAUCAUCAAUCCUCUUUGUUGCCGAUGGAACAUUGAUUCACCAUAAACGCUUGCCAUCUGACUCCAUUUUGAGCAAAAUUUUGCCUUAUGCCAAGUUUUAAUUAAAAGUCCUUUGUCCUCAAGGACUAACAUCCUUGCAUGCCUCCACAUUCGUUAGGGACCCCCUGUCUUAUGCUUUCCCUGUGGGUUCCAUUCAAGGGCUGUCUUAGCCACAUGUCAAUCUGGUCUCCUCUGUGUGGACAGGCCUUUUAUCUUAAAUAACAAGUCCCACUCAGAAUGAAAAAAAUAAGAGGCAAUUCAGUCAUGUAGGCCGUGUUGAAUUUGUUUUAAGUGUGAAUUGUCUGAUAUGAUGGCUAUCAUUCGUAUGUAAACAGAACUCAUUAUCACAUAGUGGUCUUCCUUACAGGGUGCAAAGAAAAUCAUCUUUACAGCUUGCCAUUCAGGCAAGCUGAGCUAGUAUUUGUUAGCCCAGAUGUCAUUUCAACUAGCCCCAAAAGCUUUUUGAUGAACAGAAUUGAUUUCUCAGUUCAUCUUUUACUCGAAUUCCUAACAAAAAAAAUCACUUGCCCAUUGGGCAAGUUAAAAACAGAAAUCACUAGCCCCGGGCUAUUGGACACUACUUUCUUUGUACACUGCCUUAUGACCUGAUUUUGAAGAAAAAUGAUUUUAGAGCUCAUAUAUAGCUGCUGGUUUGUCCAAGUAGUUUCAGAUUGACUGCAGAGUUCAUUAUUUUCCUUAAUAGUACAUUCUCAACUGUCAAUCAAGUUCUGGAAGCUGCUUGGCAUAAUAUGGUAGCCAUGCAGAUUGCAAGAGAUCCAUUGGUUCGUCAGUGUGUCAGGCAGACAUUCUAUGAGAGAGCCAAACUAAAGAUUAAACCUACUAAGAAAGGAAAGAAGGUAAAAAAAUAGCAGUAGCUUUCGAACACUUUAGGGAUCUUGUUUUGAUAUUUAACAAUUAUUCCUCGAGUCCGAAUGGGCUCUGAGUCAAUAGUCCAUGAGGCUGAAGGCUGAAUGGGCUAUUGACUCAGAGGCCAUUAGGGCGAGGAUGGUCAAAAAUAUUGAGAUUAAAAGAAUUUUAGCUAGUUAAAGACAGACGUUAAUCCUUUUUUGCCGCCAAAAAGCUGGCGCUUUUCGCUACUCGUAGGCUAUAACAUAUAGCCUAGUAGUAGCUCAACCAAUCAGAACGCAGCAUUGAUAAUAGACCACUAGUUGGAUUUUACUAAUAUUAUUUAUUUCAACUUUAAGGCAUAAAAGUAAUGCUUUAAAACCACAACAUUUCAAUGUCCACAUUUGUUUGUUGUUGUUUUUUAAUCAAGUGGUGACAUUUCGCAUCUCUGUAAAGUGUGACAACAAUACUUUUUUUUUUAUUUCAUUAGGAAAUUGAUGAAUCUCACUCAUGCAGCAGUUUGAAGUAUAUUAAAAACAAGCCUGUUAGAGACUUAAAAGGUGAUCAGUUUCUGCUCAUGUGUAAGGCAGAAGAAGAUGGUCUGCUGACAGUUUCAAUCGGAAUCGACCUGGACAAGAGUGCAGGGUAUAAUAAUAUUGUGAGGCAAAAAUCUUCAAUUCUUAAUACCAGGGAUGUCACUAAGAUUUCGAGUUGCCGGGUAAAUACAACAAAUAGGUGGGGAAUCAAACAGCUAGGGAUUUCCUUUGGUUGUAUUUUUCUUCUACUUUCCUAUGAAAGUAGCCGAGGGCCAGAUUCAUAGUAGCCAAGGGAAAUUCCCGGCCCCUGCUUCUUAAUGACAACCCGAUAGUACAGUCAAACCUCCCAUCAGCGACCACCUAAAAUGUGAAGAUUUAGUGGCUGGCGAUAGGAGGUGGUCACUUGCAAGAAUCAAACUACAGGAAUGUCUUUUGAGAGGAGGUUCCUGAGACAUCUACUGUUUAGUAAAGAAUUUAUUACUUUCAGUUUCUAAGCUACAAUAUCUCUAGUUCCAUGUUUAUUACUUUCAGUUUCUAAGUUACAAUAUCUGUAGUUCCAUGUUGUCACUAAAAGCUCUUCGCAUACUCUUAGUAGCAUUUUUGAUAGUACAUGCUACAAAAAAAGAGAGAGAGAGAGAUCAGACCAUGGGUCAAGUGGUCACCUACAAGAGGUUAAACGCAAUGGAAAAUUAUAAAACCUUCAGCCCAAAAAGUGGUCAUGGUCCUUUACGAGUGGUUCAAACUUACAGAGCCUUGACUAGGAAAAUUUUGGUGCUGUGGAUAGACGGUCACUCAUGGGAGGUGGUCAUGCAAGAAGGUUUGACAGCAAGCGGACACAACAACUCCCAACAUUGUUGGCCAACAAUAUUGGGAGUUGUUGUGUCUGUUUGCAGGAGCUAAAAGUUUGACCGGUUUCAAAAAUUGUGCAACAACAUGCAACAGGGUGUGCAAAUGGACGCAACAUGUAACACCCAAUAAUGUUGGGAGUUGUUGGCCAAUAAAGUUGCAUCCGUUUGCACGGGGCUUAAAAGUUACAGAAAUCAGCAAUCAAUUUUAAAAAAAUUAGCUCAGGACCUCUGUCUAGUCAAAAUAUAAACCUGCAUAAUGUGGUUUAUGAGUGACAGUAUGUGGUCAUGAGAACAAGGAAUCCAAAUAACAAAAAGAAAUAACUUCUACAAAAUGAAAUUUGGAAAUGUUGUUGCAUUAAUUUUAUUUCUUACUUUAACCACUUUUGGUAGUGAAAGGGUUUAAAAAUUAAUGCGAUCGUGCCGUGUUUUCUUAGGAAAAAGAUAUGGCAACUCUGAAACAGUUCGUCCUGAAGAAGCGUCCACAGGUUGUGGUUGUCGCAGCUGAAUGUCGUGAGGCACUCUCUGUGGUAGAUGACAUGAAGAUGUGCAUUGCAGAACUGGAACAAGAGAAUCAAAUUCCAACCAUCUCUGUUGAGGCGCUUGAUGGAGAAGUGGCUCGCAUUUUCACAUCCUCUCCCCGAUCCGAAGUAAGUUACAUGGGAUAGUACUGUUUUUUUGUUUUCCUUUUCUAUUUGAAAUUUCCCACUGAAGUAGAAGAACGUUGUUCUAAAUAAAGAAUGAUGGUGAAUUUUAAGCUCUGGGAAGAAACGAGAAAUGAUGUGAUCAACAUGUCACCAGCACGGGACUGGAAAUUUAUAGCUGAAAAUUUUGGUCGUAACGAGUGACCUCUUUUACGUACAUCAUUUGAACUGUAGAAUUAUCUGAAAACAACAGCUCCUUGAUAUUAAGUGAAUGUAGGGGAAACCACACCAAGAACAUCAAUAUCCUUAGUCUUAUGGGCUCAUGGCCAAUAACAAUGUGUUCUGAAAUUCAAAAUAAAAUGUAUUAUUGACUAAUUAAGACCUCAAAGCCAACACAUGUGGCCAAUGAGUCUGAAAAUAGGUGUGAUUCAUUUCUCCAAAGUGUAGGGAGCUAUGGCUGAAGUUCAUUCCACUAGUUUACAAGUGGCUUGAAUGUUCUAUAGGGGAGGGGCGCGGUCUCCCCCACCCCCCUUAUUUUUAGACCAGACUGGCGGAAUUUUUUUUUGAGACUGGCUCAUACUUCCUAUUAACUGAAGAGCGCAUCGCCAGUAACAACCCCAGAAUUCUUUGUGAAAGCUAACUUGACCCAUAACCCUGCUCGUUCUUUUAAGAGGCAGAUUGGCAGCAGAGUAAAGCAAAACAAAAUACAUUUGAUUAAAUUUAUCUUUUAAGACUUAUUUUUCACGAUUCUUAUUUCCAGAAUGAGUUUCUUGAGUACCCAUCCCUUCUGCGUCAUGCUGUGUCACUUGGCCGAAGAAUUCAAGAUCCUCUGUCUGAAUUUGCUGCUUUGUGUGUUGAGGAAGAUGAGCUCCUUUGUUUAAGGCUGCAUCCUUUCCAGGUAUGAUCCGGAUCGGCAGAUGACAAAUGUAAAAUAGUAUUGUAUGUUUUAUUAUCAAUCUGAUUUUAGGUUGAAGAUCACCUCAGGUGCGAACUGAAAAUUGUUAAAUGAUCUGUAAUUUUCAUGUUGAGAGUGCUGUGUGUAAAUUAAGAAAUCUUUUACCAAGGUUGGGGCGCAAGUUUGAGACCUUAACAUGUUUCUUUCAGUACAAUGUGUGUUAUGCUUUUGUUAUAUACUUUCAUCAUCAUCAUCAUCAUCAUCAUCAUCAUCAUCAUCAACAACAACAACAACAACAACAACAACAAUUUGUUUGACUCAUUGAAAUAUUUACCAGACAAUUACAGCUAUUUUUGACAAGGAUUUCCUGAUACCUCGAGAAAAGGAACCACCAGGCUUAUGGGAGCUGACCUUUAAACCUUAGGAUAAAUUGUUUACUUUGUCCCCAGUUUUGCUUUUCCUUGUUCCCUUUUGGCUGUUUUGUAUUUCUUUGGUGUUCUCAGGAUAAAGUAUUGUUUUAAAGCGUCCGUCAAUUAUGUGAUACAGGAGACUGUAUUAGACUGUAUCACAUUCCCCUAUUAUUCCUUAAGAUGGCCUCGAUUGGGCAGCCACCUUGGUUUCAAACGUACAAAGUCUACUAAGGGGGCGGGGACGGUUUGGGAGGAGGCGAGAAACCCCGGGACACGCCCCUGCCCCCCCCCGUACAUUUGAAAACAAGAUGACUGUUAAGCGCUCGAUUCCGAUGAUCUUUCUGAAAAAUAGGGGACUGUGAACAUUCUAAGUACAUGACGGUUGAUUAGUGCUGAAAUGAGCUAAAAUUGCGAGACCUUCCUUUUGAAUAAGGACAUAAUUAGAGGUUGGUUAUUCUGGGAAACUGCCCACCCCUCCCAGUGUUAACACUACCUCUUACCUGAGAGAAAAUGCUGGGUUAAGGGAGGGGUAGGUGGGCAUUUCCUAAGAAACGUGUGGUCUUUGUUUUAGGGCCACGUUCCCAAGGAGCGUCUCAUCAAGUGCUUUCAUGAGGAAUUUGUGACAGUGGUAAAUGAAGUAGGCGUUGACCCUAAUCGCUUACUGGAGCAUCCCCACACAGUGGCUCUACUACAGUUUGUUUGUGGACCGGGACCAAGAAAGGCCACUUCUCUAUUGAAGGUACGUUCCUUUACCAAAGUUACUUUGAAUUGGGUGUUAUCAGUGUCAGAUCCAGGUGAGGGGCCUAGGCCUUCCUUUAUUUUUAGACCAAACAGAGACCUGUAAGGUCUAAAAAAAAUUUUUUUGAGACCGGGGCCCCCCUUAUCUCAAUGUCUGGAUGACCGACCUCCCCGCACCCCUUCCUUCCCCCCUCCCAAAAUGUACAGAUGUUUUGUUAAAAAGCCACUUACUCUUACUCCCAAGAUUUCCUGGAAGGCAACAAAGUCUUGUUCUUUAUCUUAAAAAGUACAUAAAAUCAAAAAGUACCCAAUAAAGGAGUACUGAAGGGGGAAAAGUUAAGGUUUAUCGACUAAGUUGAUUGCGUCCAUUUACUUGUAUAAUACAAUAGAAAAGAUGGCAUUUCAAGCAGAACUAAAUAAUCAACUCGUGCAACUACUGAAGAGGUUUCAUUUGAAUGGUAACGCCAUAGGAUUUCAUCCACAGACUCCAAAGUUAGGACUACAUACUAAAUAAAAUAAUAGUACCAUGUGAAUGUACCGCUGAAGAGGUUUCAUUUGAAUGGUAACACCAUAGGAUUUCAUCCACAGACUCCAAAGUCAGGAUUACAUUACAUGUCGUCAUAUUAGUGGCCCCCAAGUAAAAUGAUGUAAUGGUGGUGUGGGGAUGAAAGUUGCCUUUAGGUUCAACCUUAGGCAGAAUGGGUUUCUGUGUUACUGAUAGUAUAGAGGCCAGAAGCCUCUAAAAAAAGUCUGUUGUGUUCAAAACAUUGUGGUUAACAGGUUGGUUAAUAGUUUUUACUGUGGAGUUUGUUUUGAGAAUCACUUGUUAAACUUUUUUUUUCAGAGCUUAAGGCAGCAGAGUACCAGGUUGGAGAAUCGCUCGCAGCUGGUGACCGUGUAUGGACUGGGACCUCAGGUCUUUCUAAACUGUGCAGGAUUCAUUAAGAUUGACACAGCAGCCAUCAGCGACACAACUACAAACUACAUAGAAGUGCUUGAUGGGUCUAGAGUACAUCCUGAAACAUAUAAGUGGGCUAAGAAAAUGGCCGUUGACGCGCUCGAGUAUGACGAGGUAACGAAAUUAGCCUGCGUGGAAGUUGUGUGGCAACUGCUGGGAGUUAAGGCGCGCGAGGAAGGAGGAAGGGGGAAAUUCCCUUCCUUCCUUCCUUCCUUGCGCGCCUAUUGCGUUCUUGCGCGAUGGCUGUUGACGUACUUGAGUAUGAUGAGGCAACGAAACCAGCGUGACAGCAAUUUGAAGUUGAAAAAGGGGAAUUAAUGCGCGCGAGUAAGGAGGAAGGGCAAGUACCUCCUUCUUCGCGCGCUCAACGCAUUCUCACGCGCGUUAAUCCCCUUUUCCCUUCAAAAGCCGGCCAUGCGGGCUGUAAGUUAUAAAGCUAAACGAUAUCGGCGAAAACACAAGCGGACGACGCUGUUUUGUAUGGUGUAUUCAAAGAUUGCAGUGAUGCAGAGUCACUACUAGUACAGCAAGACCUAAACUCACUUGUACACUGAGCAGACACUUGGCAAAUGUAAUUUGAUGCAAAGAAGUGCACCAUCCUUAGAGUCUCGUGCUCGAAAUCUCUGGUUGAAUACCGAUAAUACACCAUCCACGGAGAACCCUUGGAGGCUGUUGAUCACCACAAAUACCUUGGAGUUGAGCUAUCCAGUGAUCUAAACUGGGAUGUUCAUAUUGCUGGAAUGAUAGGCAAAGCCAACCGAUCAGUUGGCUUUAAAAGAGGAAACCUAAAUAAGUGCCCAGAAAAGGUAAAAGAGCAAGCCUAUCUUGCUUUAGUUAGAUCCUAGCCUGUCUUCUGCCGUGAUACGAUGUCCCACUUGCAGAUAACAUGAUUAGAAGUAGAAUUAGAAAAGCUUUAACCCAGCCACUGACACAGAGGUAGUUUUGGUAUUCUUAGCAGCUACAAUCGCAAGUGAAUUAUUAACAAGUUUGUUUUCUAUCUAUUGCGCAGGCCACGAUGGAUUCAAACCCUUCAGCAGCCUUGGAAGAAAUUCUUGAAGCUCCAGAUCGGCUAAGAGACUUAGAUCUCGAUGCUUUUGCAGAAGAGCUUGAACGGCAAGGAUAUGGCAACAAAGGAUUGACAUUGUACGACAUUCGAGAUGAGCUGUUUGGUCAGUACAGGGAGCGACGUCCCCCGUACCGCUCCCUGUCGGUAGAGGAGCGCUUCAGAUUAUUGACAGGGGAAACAAACGACUCUCUUUAUGUUGGCAAGCUGGUGGUGUGUAAUGUAACCGGGUUUGCGAACAGGAAGCCACCACGUGACGUUAUUGAUCAGGCCCAACCUGUCAGGAAUGACGAGACUGGCCAAUGGCAGUGUCCCUUCUGUCUGCAGGAUACCUUCCCCGAUAUAAGCGAGGUAUGAACUCCACCCUGGUAGAAUUUAGUGCUUCCCCACAUCUCCCCUCCCCGCCAAAUAAAAGUAAAAAAACUUGUCAGGAAUGACGAGACUGGCCAAUGGCAGUGUCCUUUCUGUCUGGAGGAUACCUUCUCCGAUAUAAGUGAGGUAUGAACUCUUCCCUGGUAGAAUUUAGUGCGCCCCCACUCCCCCCCCGGAAAAAAAUCUGUAAAAGUAAAUGAAACUAAAAACUUGUCAGGAAUGACGAGACUGGCCAAUGUGCCCCUUCUGUCUACAGGACACUUUCCCCAAUCUAAUCAAGGUAGGAACUCCACCCUGAUAGAAUUUAGUGCACCCCCAACCUGUCAGGAAUAAGGGCCAAUGGCAGUGUCCCCUCUGAUCUAAGCGACGUAAAAACUCCACCCGUGGUGGUAGUGCAAAGCACCCACCACCCCCUUCCCAAACAAAAUGUCACAUUCGCCAUGUUGGUGUCCCAAACCUAUCCUGUGGGAGUGGAACCUUUCUCUUAAGUAAACAGUUUCUUUUGUUCCAAUGAAUUUGCAAAGCUGCUGUCCACGCGAGUGACUUUCUUUAGGUCUCCUACUGGAGACGAAAAAAGACUACCAUUUUAUGUGGUCAUCCAAGCCAGGGAAAAGGCAGUACCUUCAUUUCUCAGCUAUUUUAAGACCCUUGCCCUGUCCCAGGAAUCGAACCCGCCACCCGAACCUGCGACCCGAACCCGUGACCUUCCGUUCUGCAGUCAAACUCUAAUCCUGCCACAGUCCAAGUGGUGGAAGGUUGGCUGUGCGUCUUUGAGAAAUCUCGCAGAAUUGUAAAUUUUGGGCUGAGUGUAAACUUGAGUGUUACUUUUUGUGUAUGUGUAGGUGUGGACACAUCUUGAUAAUGGAAGCUGUGCUGGGCAGGCGAUUGGGGUUCGCACAAGAAUGGAGAAUGGUCUGUCGGGAUUUAUCGCUACUAAGAUGAUAAGCGAUAAGCAGAUAACCACCCCUCAUGAAAGAGUCAAGGUAACCUCAGUCACGUGAUUGCCCAGAAGCAGUUCUUGAAUAAGAUUAUUGAAAUUUAUUCUGCGAGCAAGCUCUCCAUUUCGAGUGGCGAGAGAACGUGCAUGCGAGCGAGCGGCGCAGCCACGAGGGGCUAGCUCUCGCGUCUCCUUUCGUGACUUGCGUGACCUCUCGCGGUAUUCCCAAAAUGAAGAGUUUCCUCGCAGUUUAUCUCAGUUUAUGUCUACUGUUUCGCCUGCUUUCGUUCUUUUGAAUCCGAUUCUAAGAACGUGCUAGAGUCACGGAACCUUGUUUUGUUAAACGAAUUCAUGGCUCGUGCAGGGCUGUGAGAAAUGCGACUUACACAGCCACACCCAAAGAAAAAACUCGCCAUGUAACUUGCACUCGACCUCGGACUCUUUCAGUAAGAGAUAUUAGUGUGCUUAAGAUCCGACGACGGCGAGAUUCUACGACGGCAGACUUGGUCGAGGGGGCUUGGGGUGAGGUCGCCGUCGCAAUGGCGCGAGAAAUAGCAUUAAGAAAGCUCGCGCGACGGCGGGUUGUUGUAGCGCCUUUUGAAGUUUAGAAAUAAAUACAAGAGCGAUGGCUACUUUUAGAAAGGUUCGUGAAUGGUUACUGACAAGUUUCGAUGAUGAUGACAUUUCAGAAGAUGAAUUUUUACUGUUGUAUGAUGUCAACAGAUCUAAAAAUCCGGAUUUUCCCUACCAGAAUUACAAACAUUUUGACCUCGAGAGGCUUGACGAAAGUGAAUUCUUAGCAGAAUUUCGUUUCAGAAAAAGUGACAUACCUAUUCUCAAAGAGGCAAUGGGGUUGCCUGACUCGUAUACAUGCGAACAGGGGACCUUGGAAACCGGUUAAAUCGACUCACCGUUAAAUCAGUUCAGAUCUUUCUAAAGCAAAUCAGUCAUGUUUGUGUACAUGUGUACAUGUGCAAUAUGCCGCCUAAUUCAAGUAUUAACUAAUCGUGAUGUUGUAUUUUGAGCAGUUUCGAGAAGCAAGCGUUUCGUGUCUCAACGACGAUGCAUUUUUUUUGCCUUACUGAAAGCUCUUGAUUAAAAUUACAUUGUAAGAGAAGCCGAAUAAAAAAAAAACGCUAUUUCGGGAAAAGAUGAGUGGCAUAAUCCAUUGGACCUCAAUUUAAUGCCGAAACAAGUCUACCCUAUCAUAAUUGUUAAUAAACACAUCAAUCAACACAAGAAAAAACUUGUAAAAAUGACUGGGUUGCUUUCUUUGUCGAGUUGACCGAGUCCAUGGCGAUUAACGAGUUAAACUGUUUGGAGAAGGCAAACAAAUUUAAUUUAAAUACUGUGUUCAAAUCGUUUAAGUCGCUUAGAAAUUCGACAAAAAUGGUGUACUGAGAAUAAACUGUUAACAGUGCUAAAGAAUUUCGCUCAAAAUGUGUUUAAAUGGCAUUAUUUUGAUCAAGUUUACUCACGUUUUACACGCGACGGCAAAAUGGCCUUCUUCACGUCACAGACAAGGCCGCUACGGCGGGAAACUUCGCAACGACGGCAGCCGGAAGUCUUUCUAGCAGUAAUUUCACUUCCGCUCGCCGUCACAGACGUCUGCCGUCGUCGGAUCUUAAGCAGGCUAUUGAACGUGUUAUGAUAUUCCUGAAUCCGCGCGCUACCCGAGCAUCUUGCCGCCUCGGGAUAUCCCGCGUUAGUCCCGCAAGAUAAAGUUCUGGUUAUUGGCCUUGUUCUUUUUUGCGUGUUAUUGACUUCGACUUUUAGGGGGUGUUUACAUGAGAAAACUCGCACCGGCGCGAGUUUCAUACCGGGAUGACUUUUUGAUUUCGUAUCGCGUUUACAUGAUGACUGGGUCACUUCAUAUCUCGUUAUUUGAAGGUACACUUCAUGUUGAUAAAAUACACGUGUGAUUCAAACUCGCAAACGUUACGCAUGCGCUACCCGUUCCAGUCUACGGGCAGACCGAUUUCACACCGAAACGGGUGGUCGUUUCGCGUUUACAUGAUACCGCUGCGAGAUUUCGUACCGGAGUGAAAUUCUCGCCCCGGCACAAGAACCGGGGUGACUCGCGCCAGCAUGACAGUUUGUGGUGGUAUCAUGUAAACAAAUAUAGAGCCACGAGAGCAAACCGGAGUGAACUCGCUCCGGGGCGAAAGUCGCCCCGGUGUCAUGUAAACACCCCCUUAAUCUCGGUCUACAAAAACGCAAAAAAGAACUUGGCUAAUAUACAAGGCAUCUUGACCUCAUGCUUGGUCAUUAACGCAUUUAUCAUACCUAUAACAAGUAUAGAUGCCAAGACACCACUUGUUACAUGCUACAGACACAUUGCUGAACUAUUUUCUCAAUUUCAGGUGGGCAUGACUCUGCAUUGCCGAGUGACGCGCAUAAACAUGGAGCGGCUACAACUUGAUCUGACCUGUCGCUCGUCUGACCUGGCCGAUAAAGAAGGAAAAUACAGGUACCUUGAGCACAUGUAACCAUUAAUAUUGCGUAACAUCUGCUUUUAAAAACAUUCUUUUUCACCCCUUUUAUGCAUAAAGGAAACCUGUUCCGGCGUGGCGCCAAAUGAAAACGGGGGGCGAAGAAGAAAUCUGCCCUCCCCCCUGCUCCGUCUUGGCUUGCCUAUUUUGGAUGUCUCUAGGAUUUCUAAUCGCCUAUAACAGGCUAACAUAGCUGUCAAGAGGGUAGCAAAAGUGUUAUUAAAGGUUGUGUCUUUAGUUUUAGACAAAUUCUCUCUGCUAAUGUCAGAUGAAGUGUGUGGGGGAAUAUGUAUUAUCAUAAUAGAGCUGUGAGGAUGAAAGUAAAUGGAUUUUUCAAUAACUGAUUUGUAUGAAACGUAGUAUUCAUCCUGUUAUGUGUGUGACGGGUUCAUUUAUGUGGUUCUUUUAUCGUUUGUUUCAUGAUAGUCACCUAGUUAUUGAUCGCGACCUUUCGCCGGCAUACUGCUGACCUUUAUCAGGCGAUACCACAGAAGUUGAUAGCGAUUGGUGUAUCACGAACCACCAACUUUUUUGUAGUUAUUGAUUUUACUUUAGAUAACCAUGGGCUUUCAUAUCGGUCUUCUUUCUAGGUCUCUGUAACUUAUAAAGGGAUCUGCAGUUAUAUAGUAUAUGAUAUUAAUUAUUUUUGUUGCUCAGUCCUCUUAAAGAUUUGUAUUAUGAUCACGAUUCUGCUGACGCUGACAAAAAGGAAGAUGAAGCGGCCAAAAAGAAAGCAAACAGACCAAGUGAGUACACACCUCCACUGACAGACCUGAUAACUUGCUCUUUUCUGUCCUUACGUGUGUAAUAGACCUUGCUCACGAUACCCGCCAUGUUUGCACGCGCUCAAGGACUGAUGGGAUAAAGGCAAUGUCACAUGGUUUCUCAUGAGGCAAACAAGUGAAAAAAAUUGCCAAUGGAAGAAAUCGCGGUUGAGUUUGUUUAUUCUAGACAACAGGAAAUGAAGACCUUUUCAUCUUAAAGACGAUAAUGUCAAAGUAUGGGGGGAAGUGAUCAUUGUUACUUUUUUUAUAUGCAGUAUAGCGACCGUAGAUGUCCUCAUGCCAAACAGUAAUGACGUAAAUCUUGCCAAAACUUGAUACUAUGAAAUCGUCGUCUCGUUUUGAUAGCAUAAACAAACUCGACCGCGAGCAAACUCGAACGCCACUAUCUUAAUUCGUAAGCUGGCUGAAAUGAAUGAGUACAAAUCUUUCGGCUUUUUCCUGUUUGCUUUCCUCUGUCAACAAGAACUAACAUUUCAAAAUUUUGACCUGAUUGGUCGUUCUUGGGGGCAGUUCGCCAAAAGCAUGUUAUGAGCAGGCAAUCAAUAAAGAGUUCGUUGAAGUGAUCGUGCUUGUUGGUCAUCUAGAAACACUUAAUGCGGUAGUUUUUUUUUUUUUAGUUAGUUUCCUUUGCUUUUACUCUAGGUUAACACUGUCCUGUUAUUCAAAUCUUGCUAUUUAGAAUACGUGAAGCGUGUUAUUGUACACCCGGCAUUUAAGAACACUUCCUUCAAGGAAGCCGAGAGACUCUUAGCUGAAAUGGACCAAGGAGAAUGUAUUGUGAGACCCAGCAGCAAGGUAACCAUGACAAUCAGUCAAUGAAAUGUAACGAUUUCCAUGCACGUUCACAGGGGACCACACAGUUUUUCUCGUUUGUGUCGCUAUUGCGUUGGACUGGCUGGAGGCGGAGUCGCAACGCUCUAAUGGGCGCAGCCACAAAAAGAACCUGUGGGCCAGGGCCUAUUUCUUACCCUAUUUAACAUUGCAAAUUGAUGAGUUUGGGAACUGAUACCUUAAGAGGUAGCGGGGUAGGGUCUAAGAUAACCGAGAGAUAGCACUUUGGUAUCCAUAAUAACCCCGUAAGCGGGAACCAUACAAGCCACUCUCCGGUGCUUCGAAAACCGCAGGUUCCCGCCUGCCGGGUCACAUGGAACUUUCGACACAAAUUCCUCCCUUUUGUGACCCUGUUAUCAUUCAACGUCAAAUUCUAUUAUUCUUGUUUUAUUAAGAUCAAUUAACUUAAACAUCGACAUGCGGGUAACUAUAGAAUAACUAAGCAACAGCCUCUUGCUUAGCUCGCGCGCCUCAAUUUCUGGCCUUCUCUUUCGUACCUUUUGCUAAACGCGGUCAAUGACACUCAAAUACACUUCAACUGAAGAGACGUUCUUAGUGGUGUAAAGUGGAAACCGCGGUAUUAGUUAUGACAGGGUCUUGCUAUCUUAAUCCAAUAUACUUGUGUCUCUUUCCUUCAGGGUGCCGAUCAUCUGACCGUCACGUGGAAGGUUGAUGAAGGAGUUUACCAGCAUGUGGAUGUGCGAGAAGAAGGCAAAGAGAACGCUUUUAGCCUUGGUCGGUCACUUUGGAUUGACAGCGAGGUGCGUUUGGGAAAUCCCUCUGAUAUGUCUGUAAAGGUUCUUUCAUUUAUUUGAUUUGAUUGCUGUGCAUAUUACGAGCCUCUCACGCAGAGGUUCUUAGGAUUUCGUCACGCGUUCCUUCCCGUAGGGCGGAUUGCGAAAGAGCAAAAAUAACGUUUGCUUGGGACUUAAUCUUCAUAUAUAGUCUAAUAUGCUGCAACAGUAAGUGAAAAGUGCGCAGUGCUUAAGAAAUUUCUAUUGGCCAUUUUGAGGUUGCUCCACCGCAUGGAACUGGGUCGAUAUUGUGUCGAAAUGCACUCUGGGCCUGUUUUAGGGGCGCUGUCAUUUCUUUAUUGGUUACUAUAAGGUUGCGAAGAGACUGUGGCUAAGACUGUGUUCACACUAUACUGGAUAGCGUUUGCGCUAGCAAGAAAAUCUUCUGUUAACACUUUUGAACGGUGAUUUCGGCGCGAUUUUUGUGACGCAGCGCCGCGUCAUUCUCUAAAGUGGAGAGAGACAUAUCGGAUAGGUGUCCAUACUAUAUGGACACGAAAAAUCACACAGUGUUUUUUGGUCCAACACAAACCCAGAUUUACACGGUGCCUAAAAAUAGCCAAUAAAAUUGACUCUAGUUCACUGCUAUAAAUUUAGAAUAUUGUAAUUUGCUUUGUAGGAAUUUGAAGAUCUUGAUGAGAUCAUCGCGCGGUUCAUUCAGCCCAUGGCGUCUUUUGUUCGAGAAGUUCUCAACCACAAAAACUAUCGCGCCGUGGACGGCGUCAAAGCCAAGCUGGAAGAGUUGCUGCUUGCGGAGAAACGGAAACACCCGCAAAGAAUUCCUUACUUCAUGAGUACUACAAAAGACUUCCCUGGGAAGUUUUUCUUGGGGUAUCUUCCUCGUGUUAAGGCCCGUGUGGAGUAUGUCAGUGUGACACCGGAUGGGUUCCGAUAUCGGGGCAGAGUACAUGCUACUUUAAAUGGUUUGUUCCGGUGGUUCAAGGAACACUUCAGAGACCCUAUACCUGGUAGGUGUUUAUUUUAGUCCUAGAAUUGGCUGAACCCACAUGCAGGACCUGUCAAAAAGUCAUAGUUGGAACUUCUCGUUUACUACUUCCUCUAGUAAGCGACCGCAACAAAUUUUGUUGUGACGGUUUUAGGGUUUUCCAUUGUUUUGACGGUCUUUUAAGCGACGAAUUGCUACUUAGAGUAUGCGAAGAAAUUCCAGUAACAACAUAAAACUACGCAAAUCGUAACUUGGAAAUUGCAUGCAAUUUAUUGUCUUCCAAAAAGGGCGUGUCCUUGGACCUCUCUGUCGAAAAGACCCUCUCUACAGUAGUUCGACUCUAGUAAGCGACCACCAAAUCUUGGUGCUCAUUUUCGGGAGGUUAGAUUGUAUAUCAAGCGUUAUCUCGAUUAUCGAGACUGUGGUGCCGCCAAAAUUUUUGCGGGCGACAAGGGAGAACCGCAAUCCUAAUCUCUAGGUUGUUAUUACGCAUGGGCCGCAUGUAUGUAGCCAGCAUUCUUUUGGACUUCCAUUAAGAAUGAAUUGAAUGUACACAACGCAAUUUGAUCACGCGCGUUUCCACCUUCUGCCCCUCGCAAUCUGAUCACGUGCGUUCUGACCAUCUGUCACGGGAAACUUACGCAGAGCACAGCGAUGGAGCAAAAGCGUUUGGACCUUCGAUCGGUAUGGCCCGCUCUUCCUAACCUUUGGUUAUUACCAGUUACGUAUCAAGAAAAGCGACCUGAAUUCGAGAACAAUAGGUAUUGUUUUGUAUUGUUAUUGUUGUAUUGUUGGUAUUGUUGUAUUGUUAUCGAAGGUUUCCGAUUAUUCAAACAAACUUCGGCUUGGUCUGGGUAGGUGUCACCUGGAACAAAGGGCCUAUUGUUUGAACGUUAAUUGGAAAAUUCAGGUCGGUACAAUGGGCCAUUUCUUGAUACGCCUAAUUGACCUACAGGGGUCUGUGACACUCAAUCACCGACGGCAGAAACAUCGUUUUUCCCAGAUAUCUCGACAGUGAAGUAUGAGUUAACCCCUUUAAUCCUAGACCAUGUUAUGGGGAGAAGAUCUCUCUCUCUAACUUAAAGAUAUGUGAAGACAUAUAUCAUAUAUGACGAAGACCGAUAAUGUUACCAUUCAAAUGAAACUUCAUUGGCGGACGUUUUACUUUGUACUAUCAGUUUCGUCAAAUUUUACAAAAAGAAAUGUUGUUUUGUUUGUGAAUUUUUACCACUCUUAGAAGUUAAAGAGUUGUUGACGCUGCACGUGUACAGUGUCGAAUCUUCGCAAAAUUACCUCCUUUACCAUAGACAAAGAUACUUCCCUUAACAUGGAGUAACAAUUUGCUUUAUAUUAUUAUUUCCAGGUACUCCUCGUCAUCGUGGGAUGCCCAUGUCAGAGAGCAAUACUCCCUACACACCGGGGGGUACCCCAUCGAUUAACACCGACGUUGACCCCUCCCGACUGUUACCCCAACUUCAACAGCACUUCCCCCGGGGAAUCAAUGACCCUAAAGUGUACUCAGCUCUUGCGGCGGUUGCUAGGCAACAACAGCAUGAGACACAAGCGAAGACAACGCCUACUCAGCUUACGCCUGCACAGUGGGGCGCGGUCGCUGCCCAGCACAUACAGCGGCAAAACAAACAGCGCAGUCAACUCCAACAAACGCCGACGCAGCAGACACCUUCAAACCAAACUCCGAGUCAACAGGGAUACCAACAAUAUCCACAGUACGGGUACUAUCAGCAACAUCGGGAUCAAUCGCAAACUCCUACUCCUACCUAUGGCUACCAGCAAACGUAUUCAGGGCGCAAGUCAACUCCAAAAGAAGGCAGCAAGAGCCGGUCGUAA